AUGAGGGUCUGCGUGGAUUACAGGGACCUCAAUAUUGCUACGCCCAAAGAUGUUUACCCCAUGCCGGUAGCGGAUAUGUUGGUAGACGCCGUAGCAGGACAUGAAUUACUGUCCUUUAUGGAUGGCACCGCAGGGUAUCACCAAAUUCCGGUCGCGGAGGAGGACAGACAUAAAACUGCAUUCCGAUGUCCUGGAUUCGCGGGCGUUUUCGAGUAUGUGGUUAUGCCUUUUGGGCUGAAGAAUGCUGGGGACACUUAUCAGCGAGCCAUGAACCUGAUCUUCCACGAUAUCCUUGGGAAAAUUUUAGAGGUUUACAUCGAUGACGUUGUGGUUAAAUCAAAAGAGAAAGGGAACCACAUCAUAGAUCUCAGGAAAGUCUUCGAGCGAAUGCGCCAACAUAAGCUGAAGAUGAACCCCGCCAAGUGCGUGUCCGGCGUUCAGGCGGGAGAUUUCCUGGGCUUCAUUGUACAUCAGAGGGGAAUUGAGGUCCCUGAGGAUAAAGCGAGCGCGGUCAUCAACGCGUCCCCUCCACAAACUAAGAAGGAGCUACAACGCCUGCUGGGUAAGAUACAGCCCUUUUCUCCAUUGCUGAAGUUGCAAGGACAGAAUGAGUUUGUAUGGGAAUCUCAACAUCAGGAGGCUUUCGACAAAAUCAAGGCCUAUUUAGCGAGUCCACCAGUGCUGAAAGCAGUGAAGGGACAAGCUAUUGCAGAUUUUUUGGCGCAUCACCCUAUGUUGGAUAUUCCCCCAGUCAAGGAAUUAGAGAUAGCGAUCACCACCGCAACUCGACCAGAUUUGGCGCACAUCCCAGAAUAUGCAAUAUGGUAUCAAGCCACUGUCUCACUGCAACCCUGGGUAUUAUUCUUCGAUGGAUCAAGAACAGAAACAUUAGCAGGAGCCGGAAUUGUUCUGGAAAACCCAGCGGGCGAUCGUUUCUCCUAUUCUUUCCAAUUGGAGUUUAAAUGCACUAAUAACCAGGCAGAGUAUGAGGCCCUUAUUAUUGGCCUGGAAGUCUUACUGGAAUUGGGGGUAAGGGACGUUCAGAUACGCGGUGACUCUCUGCUCGUGAUAAAUCAGCUCCAGGAGAAAUACAAGUGUGUAAGUUGUUUGCUCGCGCCAUAUCUCACUCGCGCCAUUGAGCUUUUGGAUCAGUUUGAUGACGCUGAUUUGGAAUACAUACCCCGCGAGCGCAAUUUUGCGGCCAAUGAACUUGCUCAAUUGGCUACAGGUAUUACAGUGAAAUAUGGGGUUCGCGAGCGCAUACUGAAAGUUGAGCGCCGCACGCUACCUUCAUGGCUUGCGCGGCAAGACCCGCCCGACGAUCCGGUUGUCGCUGUCCUAGAACCUAUUGACGUCGAUUGGCGAAUUCCGUUGAUCGCUUACCUCAAGCAUCCAGAUCUUACGACAGACAGGAAGGUCCGUUUUCUUGCCUUGAACUACUUCCUCAGGGGCGAUGAGCUGCGACGACGUGGAGAAGAUGGCAUGGACUUCAGAUGUGUCUAUGGCAGCGAAGCAAAACGGCUAAUGCGCGAAGCCCAUACAGGAAUGGAGGGAAGGAAGUAA